AUGUUAAUAAAGGUCGCGUUCUUGUACAUUUGUACGGUCAUUGAUGAUGAGGAGUUGGCCAAGGCGUUUUCUAAGGAUGGUACGUUAGAUGACAUGAUAUAUAAUGUCUUGAAUAAGUUCACAAAGGAUGGAGAGGAUGAGGAUAUGGUAGAAAAGGCCUUGAGUACUAUUCAUACCAUACCAGAUCAAAUACUCCCGCUUCCGGUAAGUAACAUGUAUUUUGCAUUUCGAGUAUGCUUACUCCAUGUAGAUUUUGAUUAUGAAAACAUCGUGUCUGACAUUACGCCCAUUAACAAGGAAGGCAGUAAAAAGAUUAAAGGAAGUGGCGAGGUGACACACAGGGCUUCGCUUUUGUACGAUACUGACACCGAAACCGUUAUAGCCAGAGGUGACUUAGUUGAGAAUUCAGAAGAGCUCCAAGAAGGUGUUAUUUUUGUUUCCAAUAUUUUUAGCGAGCUCAAGAGUAGCUAUUCUGGGUUUAAUCCAAAAUCUGACACUCAUGCGGUACGAUACAAGAAUUUUCUUCAGGAAGCCAUAAACAUGUUACAAGAAAUUCAGCACCACUGGAAACAAGAAGAGGAGGGUUCAGACAUGGACUUUUAUUAUGCGAUUAUUAUGCCUACGAAUUGGGAGUAUGUAACAAGAGAAGAAUUAUUUCGGCCUCUCUUGAUAAAAGCUGGUCUCAUUCAUGGGAAUGAUGGUCAGGGAAGAUUGAUUUUUUUCUCAAAACUAGAAUCAACUUUUCAAUCUAUGCAGGAAAAUCCUGAUAUUUUGCGUGGUGUAGAUAUAAAACAUGGUGAUCAGUACGUUAUAUGCACACUAGAUUAUAGAGGUGAAUUUUUUGUCACCCUUGACUUGGUUUCAGCUCAAUAUCCUGUUUUUUCAGUAGCAGGAGGCAAGUGGGUCCCACAAUUAUUGAGACAGGUCAUAUUUACAAUACCAUUUGGACUGAAGGAAUGGCGAGUGUCACUAAUCGCAUGUCUGAAAACCCGUUGUGGUAAUACAGUAUCAUUAGAAAUUAUUGACAUAUUGCUUGAGGAAUUCAAUGUAUAUUUCGAUCAUGUUAAAUUGGCAGAUCCAAAUUCUAUGCCUCGACUCAUUUUUCCAGACCACCCAUUUCAAAAAGUUAAAGCCCUCUACGAUAAUCGAUACGGUUUAAAAGCAGAGGAAAUCCAUACUAUUCAAUUAAUUACAUUAGAUCAUAUAUAUGAAAGCUUCUUGGGUGGUCCUGUCGAAAAAGAAUUUCAAAUUCAAAUGAAAAUGUUUUAUAACACGAGCAUUUUAAAAGUCAAAUACAUGUGCAUUUUUGUCACAGACCACAUCACAACCAGAGGUAUUUUAGGAUGGCCAUUAUUAUUCAUCAGAAAUUGGUGUUGGACGUUUAGCAAAGAGCAAAAAAACUUUUUCAAAUUAAUCGCGGUUUACAAUAAAAAAUCUCUGAGUCUCCCUCUCGAUACACUACUGAGACCUAGCCAAGCAAGCGGAAUAAAGAGUCUGAUAGCAAAUCAAAUGCAAGUAUUUAACAUGCGCAGAGACCCGAUUAUACUAUCUAAGGAUACAACAAUUGAACAUCUCGAAAGCUGUUCAAAUCCUAUAAUUUUUAUCAAUAUAGAUAUGUCUCCUACACAAACCAGGACUGAUGUUACAUGCUUGGAUGAAAAUAGACAGGCUAAGCAAACAAAAACUUUUGACUGCGAUAUGAAACCGUUAGAUAGCUUCAUCACCUACUCAGAAGUAUACCAAAGGCCAAUGCUUCACAUUGACCAGAGAUUGAAGCUUUAUUUAGAAAAGAUUUUUGGUGAUUACAUUAAAUUAUUCUCAACUUCUAACACACAAAGCAUGACGAGAAGAAUACUAUUAAAGCUGGCAUCCAAACUACUUGACCUAAUUUCAGAUGAAAUGCAAAAGAGGUUGAAAUCAAGUAAAAAUCCCCUGAAGGAGAUCAGAAACUUAUUUAUUCAUUCAAAUCCAAACUUAUUCCAAAACCUUGUGGAAAACUUUAAAAUGGAUGAUCUUUUUACGUCGAAUGAUGAAUUUUGUGCUGUGGAUAACGAUUUAUUCACUACCUAUCAUCCAGGCUAUAUAUUUUUUUUUACAAUUACAUACCUAUACAAUUUCAACAAGACGUUAGAAGAGAAACUAGAAAAUAUGGUAGGAAGUAAUUGGCAAAGCAACAAUAUCUGGUAUGGUGUCUCUAUUGAUAAGAAUUUAUUGGAUACGGUAUUCGGCUCAAUAAAAAAAUUGGAAAAGUCAUUCUUUGCUUGUGGAAUCCUCCAAAAGGACGACAAUCGUCGAAGAGCAAAAUUUUGUACUCGUGGCGAGGAGAUUUUACCAGCUAUUCAACGAAUGCUAGUGGAUUUGGAGUUUAAAAUUAAGUCUUACUUUGUAGUUGCACAGGUAUUUUCAAAGCAUAUUCAACUCACUCUCCAUCAAGUUGUUAUAUUGGCAUCCUCUGAAAAAGAUGCAGCUUCCAUUAUUGUUCAGGAUGAAAUUUUGUACAUCGAUGAUGUAUAUGAUAACCUGUGUAAGAUACUUUGGAGUUGCAUGCAAACACAUUGCCAAGUUAAUUCUUGCGCCACACACAAGAACAUGCACAGUGUGCAGUAUGACUUAUGUGAUUUCCAAGCAUAUAGUGAUGUUACUCAAAAUUUGAGGCGAUCUGUUGUUGAACUUUUAGAAAUGAACAAAACCAGCAUGGACAUGAAUUCCAAAAUACAGCUGAACAUUAACAGCAAAUGUGCUUGCAGUAUCAGUAUUUUUCUUCGUGACAUUAUUGAGGUGGCUCUUAUGUCAGUUAUAGAAAAUGUAGCAACAAUUAUAGCAGCUUCUUUGACCAACAAAAGAUUAUUUGGAAACUAUGUGGCGAACUAUAUUUUUGUGUCUGGAGAUCCGUUCAAUCUAUCCUAUGGUUCAAAGACCCACACCACAUAUACCAUGUUAUUACAGAAAUCAAUUGAUAACGCUGUACAGUUUAAAGAAAAAGAUACAAUAUCAUUCGCAUUGGGAGUAUCACUUUACCAAUUGCUUCAGCUAGUGAAACACACCAAGCCAUAUAUGUUCGAACAUUUCAUUUUCGGAAGGUUGUGUCAAGUAUCAAGUGAAACAUAUGCUCUGCGGAUUAAACAACGUUACUUAGAGAGGUAUCUUCCUUUCAUUGCAAUUAGCCGUGAUGAUGAUAUCAAAAAUACUAUGAGGGGGGAUAGCAGUUACGUAGUAUUUAUUCAAAAAGGGAAGCCAGUUUCAACAAAGAGCUUUAUAAUUCAGUAUCAGUUGAUGGUCUCAUCUCCACGUCUGGAUAUUAUUCAACUAGAUAGCUCCAAAAAUGCUGUUCCAAAAAAGUAUUCGGUAAUAGAUGGUAACGCUACUGGUACAACGUAUGUAAUGUACACCAAUCUGGUAAAUACAGGGAGUUCAAACAUGGUGGUGGAAUGUAAGCAAAUUAAGUAUAAUUUAUCGCUCAAAGUAUCAAGUGUGUGUAAGGGCUUAUAUUAUAUGAACUAUGAUUUUCCUUACCGUUUCCUGAAUAUUAUCGAGCCACUAACACUCGUCUACAUGUAA